AAAUUGUGAACGAAACUACCACAUUUUUCGGCAAAUGUUCAACGGCUUUGUGAACUGAAAACGGAGACUGCAUUUUAAGUUGAUGAUUGGCAAGAUGCAAACGAAGGUGUUUCUGCUGUGCCUGGGACUCUCCUUGAGCACAUUUCUGGCCGCACAAGGACAAUCGAGUGACGCCAACGAUGAGGAGCAACCACUCCAUUUGACCAACGACGCGUCUUUCUUUCAGCCGCAUCUGCACGAUCGACGACUGGGUCGCCAGUUGAGCGCGGACCUAGCCGAGAGCCAGAGCUCGGCCAGCAGUGUCAGCAGCAGCAGCCAGUCCAGCUCCACCUACGAGGAUGACGAUGAUGACGUUGAGGGUUCCAGCGAGUACUACGAUAGCGACGAGGAACAGUCCGAGGGCAGCAACGAGUCCCUGCCUCGUUUGCUCUCCCAAUCCACCUUCAAUCGCAUCUCUGAGACCUUGGGAGCGCUAAACCACGUGGGACACAUGCUGGUGGACAUAACUCGCGGUGGACAGGAUCAGGCCAAGACGGAGGGGGAUGAGAAGAGUGAGGAUGCGGGCCAGGACAAAAGUCAAUCAGUUGGAGCGGCCAGCUCAACCACAAGUGCUUUAAGCACCACUGAAGUGGUUCCCUCUUCCACAUCCUCCCCACGCGGAAAAUCGGAAGCACUUCCAGGAGUCUCCGACAAACUUAUGGAUACUCUACCGAUCACACUCUCUGCCAAUAGCUUGCUACCAGCUGGGAAGCCCGCUAAUCUGAGUGUUAUCCAAGUGGCCACUAAGAGAAUCGGUAUAGAUGACUCUAAUCCCAUGUUUGUGGAAAACAAGGAGCUCAAGCUGAAGAAGAAAAAGAAGAAGAAUAAGAACAAGCAGAAGGUCAAGAAGCCCAGUGAAGAAGGAGUCCCGAUUCCGGCAGCCCAGGGAGCUCAGCAAUCGCAGCAGAAGAUCAAGAUACCCACCACUCCGCGCACCACAACUACCUCCACCACCACCACAGAAGCACCACCUAUUACUCUGAGCCCACUGGAUCAGUUGGCAGAGGCUAGUGAUGAGGCGGGAACUGCGAAAGAUGCGGAAAACUACUGCAAGACCCCAAGUGGGAGGAGAGGACGUUGCGAGGAUCUCAGCAGUUGUCCCGCUCUGCUGCUGAAUCUCAGCAGCCUGAGGGAGUCCCUGUGCUUCAAGAGUCUUUAUGUGCCGGGCGUGUGCUGCCCCAUUUCCUCAUCCUCCACUGUUUUGACCACUCAAAAGCCUUUGAGACUGACCACUCGUCCCACGACCACCACCAGCACCACCAAGGCCACGCAGCCCACGAAGAAAAGCACUGUUCGACCCACCACGCGCCCCACAUCUGGUCUCGUGCUUAUUCCCCAGAAGAAACCGCCCACUAGCACGACGACCACCACGACAGAGGUGCCGCUUGAGCCAGAGGGUCUGGAUGAGAUCGGCAACAACAUCGUGGAUCCCGAUGAGUGCGGUCAGCAGGAGUACUCUACGGGUCGGAUUGUGGGCGGAGUAGAGGCCCCGAAUGGUCAGUGGCCGUGGAUGGCGGCCAUUUUCCUCCACGGACCUAAGCGCACCGAGUUCUGGUGCGGUGGCUCGUUGAUAGGCACCAAGUAUAUCCUCACGGCUGCGCAUUGCACGCGGGACUCGCGACAGAAACCAUUUGCUGCUCGACAGUUUACAGUUCGCUUGGGUGACAUCGAUCUGUCCACGGAUGCCGAACCCUCAGACCCCGUGACCUUUGCCGUCAAGGAAGUGCGCACCCAUGAGCGCUUCUCCCGCAUUGGUUUCUACAAUGACAUUGCCAUUCUGGUUUUGGAUAAGCCAGUGAGGAAGUCGAAGUAUGUGAUCCCUGUCUGCCUGCCAAAGGGAAUCAGGAUGCCGCCCAAGGAGCGUCUUCCCGGACGUAGGGCCACCGUCGUGGGCUGGGGCACCACCUACUAUGGUGGCAAGGAAUCCACCAGCCAGCGGCAGGCGGAACUGCCCAUCUGGCGGAAUGAGGAUUGCGACCGCAGUUACUUCCAGCCCAUCAACGAGAACUUCAUCUGCGCAGGAUACUCCGAUGGUGGAGUGGAUGCUUGUCAGGGCGAUUCUGGCGGCCCUUUGAUGAUGCGAUAUGACUCCCACUGGGUUCAACUGGGAGUGGUAUCCUUUGGCAACAAGUGUGGUGAGCCCGGGUAUCCAGGUGUCUAUACUCGAGUCACUGAAUACCUGGACUGGAUACGCGACCACACGAGGGAUUAAUCACUUUCCCGAUCCAAUCGAUCCAAUCGAUCCACCUUAGCCGUAACUGUAGCCUAGAUUUAGGUACGCACUAGUCUAUGUACUCUUAAUGAACAUCCCCUCCUG